GCUGCCUCCGCUGCCUCCGCUCGGUAGCUGAGUCGCUCGGUCGCGCGCUUAUCAAAAGUUGCCCAAGCGCCCAAGCUGUUUACUUGAGCAACAAUCUGUCGCCCAGCUUCGGUUUCCGCAACAGUCUGUGUCUUGUGGCCGCUUAAAGCGCAUAAGACCUUAACGCGACUUUAAUACAUCAUCAGCGGGCUGCUGGCUGCUGGCGGCGGCUGUUUUUGAAUUUCAAAUUCAAAAUGCGGCGCACAUUUCGAUUGAUUUUCUUCUUCUACUACUAUUGCUGCUGUUGCUGUUGGCUCGUCAUCUUGUUGCCAACUUUCUGCCACACACAACCCAGCUGCCAGACACCCGACAAAAACGUUGGCCAAUGUGUGCACUUUAGCGCUUGCCGUUUUGUACUGCGCCAAUAUGCCAUGUACAAGGAACACAUGCCGCCUCACAUAAUGCGCUUUCUGCAAAGAUCACGCUGCAGGCCCAAAGUUGAUGGCUAUCAUUUGUGCUGCGAACUAAAAGAUGUGAUUCCUGCGAAUGCCAACUCAAAGCUGAAAUGAAUCUGAAUCUGGCCAGAGCAACUUCAAAGCACAUCUGUGUAUAAUAUAUGACUUAAAUAUGUAUCUGAUUGUGUGUGUGUGUGUGAGCGCGCGUGCUUUGAUCUGCAUAAUUUUCACUGUCUGAUGGUUUAAAGCACGACCAAAAAAAGUUUACGUGGAUGCCACAUCGUAUGUAAUUAUAAUGUGAACUCAUUUCUAUGUACUUAGUGCCUCGCCAUCUCGUCCACAGCCAACAGCUGUCAGGGCAACAAAAUUUGAAUAUGAAUGUGAUAUUUUUCACUUUCCAGCAAUCAAAAAUAAAAACGAAACAAAAUAAAUAAAUAAAAGUUUAUUAAAAACUUAACAUUUUAACAAGCCCUGACAGUUGCUUCAAAAA